AUGCAGGUAUCCGUGAUUGUCAUGCUCACCGUUCUGUCCUUGGAGAUCGUGGAUUUCAGCGAGACCUUCAAAGGCGUCAGACCGUACAAAUAUUUCAGCCCUCGUCCUUGGCGGCCACCCCGCUGGCAUCCGCGCGGGAAAACGCAGAAACGCUUUCACGCGAAGAGGAGACCGCCGCACAAGUAUCGUCCUUACGAAUCGGACCGCCACAGGUACGCGCCGCACUACGAAGACUACGACGUCGACAUUCCGGACAACGACAAGCCCUACAUUAUAGUAAUACAGCUUCCGCAGAGGAAGGAGAAACGCAAAAAACGUCCUUAUGAGCGUGUUCACGUUGUGAAGCCUUCCGAAUAUAAGCGAGAGACUGAUUAUAUUAACGACGACGACGAUGCCGACUACGACGGUGACGGCGACAGCGAAUUAAAAGUCUACAAGCUCAAUGACAAUAAGGUACAGAUCAAAGUGAACGACAGAUUGUCAGUUCUCACUUCAUGA